AGCACCUCUUGAUUUUCCAGGGAAACAUGAACAAGCUUUUGUAUCUCAUCUUCCUGGUCUUCUUGUCAGAAGUGUAUACAGAUGAGAAAAUUACAGAGGUUUCCGGUGUUGAAGGGGAACCCAUUUCCAUCAAUUGCUCCUAUAGUCCUCAGAAGAACCAGUGGAGAGAGAAAAGUUGGUGUAAGCACAUCAGUGAGGCAACGUGCCAGCAUGUUGUCAGUGCCCGACGUUUUUGGCUGCCCUUCCUCAAGAGAAGAAAUGGCACCACUGCCAUUGCUGACAAUAUCCAGGAAGGGUUGCUCAUGGUAACCAUCAACCCACUCCAGAAACAGGAUGCUGGUUGGUAUCAAUGUAUGACACACUUCUUGGGGACUGUGACAACCUUGCAGAAGGUCAAGGUGAAUGUUCUGACAGAUAUAGAUGUACAAGAGACACUCAGAAUCCUUCACAGCAUCUCCGGCUCUUCUUCAAAUGCUGGAAUUAAUCUCACUUUCCUGGCAGCUGGCUUUCUUGGUUUCAAACUACUGGUUGCUAUUAUUAUCCUAAUUGUUGCCAGAAGCAAGAAGAGGACUACUGGGAAUGAGAGCAGAGGAGAAAACCAGCAUUUUCACCUCCCAAUCGUCACAGGUACCUCAGAAGUUUUCAGAAAUAGAGAACUUACUGGCUCCUAUUGUCAUCUUAAUUAUUACCAGAAGCAAGAAGAACUGAACAGACCUUGA